AUGAUGAUCGAGUCAUUUACGGCUGUGCUCAAAUGUAUGCGCGCAACCCUGCCGUGCCUCUACGAUCGGAAGGCUACGUUCUGCGCCCUGCUUCGGGUUGCAAUGGAGGACCCAAGUUCCGUCAGAGCUCUUCAGAGGUACACAGCAAUGGUCCCGACGCACGUUGUGAAACAUCGUGCGAUCCGGGACCCACAGGACGCUGGAAAGGAAAUCAAGUACCAUGAAAAGCGAGUGGAUCCGCCCACUACGGUGCUUCGUGUUCCUGCUCGACCAAGGCGUGAAUUACUUCAUGAAGAGUAUACCACAAUCGAGACCAGGAACCGCUCUCGAGAAUACGAAAAAAGAGGGUGUUGCGAGACCGACAUAACGCAUGAUUUUGGAUGUGUGUGUCUUGACAGAAAAAGUCUGCCACCUUCUUUUCAGUCGAUGCUCAAAAUCUUGAGCCACAUUCUGGGUUAUCUUCUUAUCCCCGACGCUUUACUGAAGCUGGGUCGCAGGACUCGAGAACACGUUUCUAUCAGGCGCCUCAUUCCAGAGCUCACUUAUGUCAUGCAGAUGGGCCUCGACUGGGAUGUUCGAAAUGUUUACCCUUUCCUCGAGCUCUUGCUUCAUUAUUAUGGCUUGCAUCGGCAAGUCUUUUGCGGAGCAGAUCGACCAGGUCAAGGGGGAGUUGAUGUUGUCAUCGCCCUGAAGCCGAUGAGCGAGAGGGAGAAUCCACAAAAUUUUCCCGCGCCUCAGGCCGUAUGCGAGCCAUGCAUCCCGAUGUGUUUAGUGGUAAUCCAACGUGAUCCCCGUGACGAUCCGAUUGACCGGCUCAGGACAUGGCUGUCUGACAAUCUGGAGUGGCUCGAAAAGAACGACCUGGUCCCUACCGCGGAGCACUGGCCUGUUCCCUACUUUCUUGUAGAUAACAACAAGUGGACGUUUGGAUUCGCAGUCCGGUCUGAGAACGGUUUUAUGCUGUAUGAAGAGUUCAUUAGCAGCAUGGGAUGGCAGAACGGUGUUCAAAAGAUUGUUGUGAUCUUGAAACUUGUCAUCGAGUCGACAAUCCAGCGGCAUUCCGAAUGGUUCUAUGAGAGGUUCCCGCAGUACGAUUCGAGUGAUGAUGAGGCCUGUUGUUGUUCUGGGAAAGUCCCGGUGCUCCCGGUGAAUCUGUAUACACGGGUGGUCGGAGAUGCUAAAGCCUGA